AUGUUUUUCUUAUUACUUUGUGUAAUUAUUCACUUACUUUCAAUUGUGUAAGCCAUAUCUUAAUUGUCACAUGCCUUAGAUAAUUGGUAAAUGAGAUUAUUUGGAUAGUUGUCCUCCAUCUAUGUGUAAGAGGAUAUAAUUUAUUAUCAUAAUACUUUGAACCAACAAGGAAAAAUCUUCAAAGCUACAGGUAGUUAAUAGAUCCACUUAAUUUGAUAGGCUAAGUUUAAUCGAGAAAUGAAUACAUAAUGUGUGAUUUUUUUAAUUAUGUCAAAUAUGAGUCAAACUAAAAAGUUGUACAUUUGUUUAAUAAUGGUUUUUAAAUACUGGCUCAAUUAGAAAUAACUGAAAAGAUUGAUUAUUGUAUGAUUGGAUUAAAUGGAGAGUUUAUCAUUAUUGCUGGUCAAACUAUUUUUUCAACAAUUGAUGAAAGACUUUUUUAAAAGUAAUAUAGUUUGAUUAUUAAAAAAGGAUAGAAAAUUAAAUUAUUUAUGCUGGAUAUAUUUUUGAAAUACCAAUCAUUGUCAUAUAGAAAAAAAACUAGAUUUGUGUUUUUUCUAUAAAAAAUUCCAUUACAGAAGAUUAUUGUGUUCAAAGUAAGAAGGCUGGCAAAGUUAUUGAAUUUGGAAAAACAUUAAUUUAUUAUGAUAAUUAUUUUGCCUAUCAUCUUAAGGAUAAAAAAGCAAAGGAAAUUAAUAUUGAUCUUAUUAGAAAAACCUGCUAAUUUUUAGGUUUCUCUGAAACUUUAGUCGUUCGAACUAAAACUAACAAGUAAAUCGUGGAUUUGCAAGGUUAGAUUGAAUAUCAAUUUCAUUCUAACUUACAUGUUGUUGAAAAUUCUGAGACUCAAAAAUACUACUUCUUGGUAAAGCAAGAGGAAAAUUAUCUUGUAAUUUAAAGUUUCGACAGAGAAUCCUAAAAAUUAACUCUUUAAACUAUUGAAUUAGCAAAUAUAUCUAAUAUCUUAAGUGCUUUUAUUAUCGAUUUAUCAUUGAAAUAAUUUUUAGUUUAGUAUUAAGAUUUAUAAACUGUAUUACUUGAAAAUGAUGCAAUUCUUUGGUAAACUGAAUAAUCUUUAAUCAGCAUAGAUAACAUAUUUUAUCAGAAAUAUGAAUAUGAAAAGUAAAAGUAUAAAAAUUCAUAUUAUGAAUCCCUAUAAUAGAAUGGGGUUAACAAUCCUUUUAUUGUGCAUCAAAAUGCAAUAUUAAGGGUAUUGAAUGAGAUUAAAGAUUUGAAAGAGAUGCUCAUAUAGUUUAUCAAUGGAUUUGAUAAUCAAAAUAUUAAGAGCAAUAUAUUGGAGUAAUCUUUUGGUCUCAAACAAUAAGUAUGUUUUUUGACAACUUAUAAUACACUAUUAUGUUAUGAUACUAAAGAACUUAAACUUUUACAAAAGUUGCACAUAAAUAAUCUCGAUUAAACAUAUAAAUUAGUGGCACUCCAUCAAAUAGAGUAUAAUUAUAUUUAUGAGCUUUUAGACUCAAUCAUGUAUAGAUUAAUGAUUAUAAAGGUGGAUCUAAGAAUCAUAUUCUAUUUUAUUAUUCAAAUCAACGAAUGAAACUUUAUACCUUUAUUCUAGAUUUGUCUCUUGGAUCAAUUUAAUAAGUAGGUUCAAGAAGAUGCAAAAAUAUCGUUUGGACCAUCCCGUACACAAUGGAAAAUGAAUCAAGUCAACACAUAAAUCUAAUCAUUUUGAUAGAUGAAGAGAAUAAAGUUUUUACUUAUCCUGAAAAUGAUAAUUACUUAAAUUCCAAAGAAAUCAUUCUCUAUAAAAAUGAUAAUGGUGUGUUGAUAGGAUAUAAAUUACAAGAUAAAUAAUUAGAAAAAAUAUGGACUCUAACUAUAAAAGAGAAAAUACUACUAAUAAGAUCAUCAUCACAAAUUGGUUAAGGGGAUCCUAAGGUUGCAAAUUGGGAUGAUGGAAAGGUGAUUUUUAAAUUAAUUGACUAUAAAAAUUUUGCAAUUCUCACUUCAGAGGAGGAUUCACUUAAAUUGUAAAUAGUAAAUGCUAAAAGUGGUAAAAUUCUAUUUUAAGGUGUCUAAAAUGAAGUGGAUCUCGAUUAAUACAUCAAUUUAGUUUUCGAUGAACAUUAGGUUUUUGUAACUUAUUAGAAUUAAGCUAAAAUGAUAUUUGAAAUAUGGACAGUAGAGAUAUAUCAUAUGAAAAUUGAGUGUUCAUUUAUAAAAAUGCUAGAGUAUUAUUAUUUCUCUUAAGAUCCAACAAAUAAACAUUAUUAUAAAAUAAAACACAAUGCUGUUUUCUUAUAGUAAGUAUAUGGAUUUCCUUUGGGGAUUAAAUUUCUAGGAAUAACGAGAACCAGAAAAUCUUUAACUAAGAAAAAUUUAUUGAUUAUCACUACCUUCAGUCAAUUGUAUUAAUUGGAUAGAAACCUUGUUUCUGCAAGAAGAAGAGAAAACUCAGAGUUAGAAAAUCCCUUUUGGUCAAAUGACUUGCCGCCUUAUUAGUAUGAGCUCCCUAUUAAUUUUAAAAGUAUGGUAACUCACGAUUAAACAGUAAUUUAUUUUGUAUUAAUCUAGUUCGAUUUCGAAAGAUUUUCAUUAGAACCUACAAAUUUAGAAUCCUCUGGCUUACUCUUAGUUUAUGGUUCUGAUGUAUUUUUCACAAUAAUAACUCCUGAUAAAGUAUAAGUAAUAAUUUAUUUUAGUCUUAUGAUAUGCUGCAGAACAACUUCAACUAUGAUGCGGUAAUAUUAACAACAGUAAUAAUAACAUUGGCAAUUUAAGUGUUAUAAAAAUUAAUAAAAUCUAGCAAUUAAGUAAAAUAAUUUAAAGUUAAUUGA